GGGUAUGGUGUAAAAUAUCAAGCCCUAUUUCCUUCAAAACAACGAGCUUUCUUCUUCCCGGCGGCGGCGGCGGCGUCGUUUGGAGAGAAUGGCGAAGGUGAGCCUCCUGAGAAAUGCUCUCAGAUCUAGGGUUUCAUCUUCGAAUUCACUUCCUAGGUUCCUCCCGUCGAGGAGUCUCUCGGCGGAUGCGGAUCCCUUCCUCGAGCCUCCCACGGAUGGUUUGGUCUUCGCGAAGCUGAGUGGGAUCGGGAGGAACACGCUGAAGACUGAUGUUAUUAACUUCUUUGAAGGAUGUGCUAUUUCCCCGGAGGACAUCAAAGUUAUUUAUAAUCGAGCUUAUAGCCUGGUUGGCAUGAUUCUGCAAUUUCCCUCGCGUUCUGCAUUUGACAUGGCAGUGAGGCAAUCAGUUAGGACGGGACGCUUGUACAGGUUAGACAAGGUAGAUCGCUCUCAAUGGGAUGAGCUGUUAGCGUAUAAUGGAAAAGCUAUUGUACUGCAAGGGAUCCCUCGUAAUACUACUUUUGUGGAUGUAGAGCGUUUCUUGACUGGCUUCAAUUAUGAUCCAUCUAAGUUACAGUUAAUUAACCGGCCUGGUAUGGCCCAGACUGUGAGAGUUGCAAUUGCCCAUUUUCAUUCACGGAUCGAUGCUAUGAAUGCCUACGUCACAAAGAACAGAAGUUUCUGCCUCAAUAAUCCCGUCACGGUUCGGUUUCUACAGUAAUUAAGGAUCCUCGAGUUCAUUGUUCAUCUUGGAAUACUUCAUAACUACAAUCCCCCCAAGUUUACCGGCAUUUUGAGAAUCUGAACACUUAUUAGUUUCCAGUCCUUUUAGUUAUCCAUAAAACAGGAUUUGUGUUGUGUUAUCACAUUCCUGCCUGUGAAAUGAAGUUGGAUGAUUUCUUUCAUCCCUGGAAUGCUUGUUUUCACUCUUUUGGUUGUAGAUCUUCCCACUUUGAAUUGUUGCUCAUCAGGAAUAUCUAAAAACAGGCCUCACAUGAAAUCUCGUUUCCAGUACUAAAUUAUUUGA